AUGCUACCAUACACAUCCACUGCUCCGUCUCAUCAUCACACCAUCUCUUUGACUGCUAACGAAUUGAACAAUGAUACGCAUCACCAUCAACUAAAAUCAACUCAUGAAUUAAAACAAACAGAGAAUUCUCGAGACGAUAAUUAUCAAAAUUCAUUAAAGAUUAGACAAAAACGACAAAUUACCUACGACUAUGACAAUUAUGUAAACGAUGACGAUAUUGCUGAUUAUGUUGAAAAUAAUGAUGUUAAAAAAGAAGGUUAUUUAGGCUGUCGAUAUGACAUCAAUGUAUGUGAUGAUAAUGAACAAUGUCUUGACGAUGGUUUGUUCGGACAAUGUUUAAGUGGUAUCGGUGAAGGACAGUAUAAAAAUUCGGUGUCGGUAAAACAUAUUUUAAGUGAUGACAAAUUGAUUGCACUUGAAAUAACAUUUGAUUUUCUUAAACGUUAUCAAUUAAAUUGGCGAGAUUAUGCUACACAAUGUAUUUUAAUUCGAUUAUUAAAAAGUCAAGGUGUUAUUAACGCAAAUUUAUUAAACAAAUUUUAUGUUCAAUGUAUAAAUGAAGACGAGAUAUUAGAUGAAAUUUUAUUGAAUAACGACAAUGAUAAUGAUGAUUUACAUCCAGUACCAUCACCAUCAUUAGAUAGAAAUGAGAAUAAUCACCGACGGUAUAUACAACUUGAUGGUGAUCUGCUACAUGAUCCCGAAUUUGAUUUAGUAUCAUGGAAAAAUACCGAAAAAAGUCGAGGAAGAAAAAUAUAUGACGGAAUGUGGUAUGAUCCGUACAUUAAUAGUCAAACAUCUUCGGAUGAUUUUAUAAUUGAUUUGAAAAAAUUACCUCAUUCGUUAUUUGAACAUCAUCAUCGUAAACCAAAAAUUAAUUCUCAAGAUUCAAUCUAUAUGGGUGAUAAUAGAGCUGUCGAAGCACUUUACUAUUCUGAUCCAAUUAUUGAUCAGUCAAUCAUGAGCAAAAAUCCACGAAAAAUAUCACCUAAAAUAAGAGAAAAAUAUCCUGACCUAGCCGUAGCGUUACAAGUGAAUAACAACAAACAACAAGUUCCAAAUAGGAUUAAUUCAGCAACGAUGACUGGAAAACAUGGAAAAAAUGUUCAAGAGAAGAAUAGAAACAAAACGGAUAUAGACAAUAAUCGAUAUUAUAAAGUUGAAACAGAUAAAGGAUAUAUCGUUAUCAGUAGAGAGUUUAAAGAUCAAAUGGAAGGGUCACGUUUAUUAGCCUUGAUUGCUGAAAUCAAUAGAUGGCCGCUCUCGAUAUUCACAGAACUAAAUGUUGAUCGAGAUGUUGUAACGUUUCAUUUAAUAGAUAAUCCUUAUCGAAUAAAUGCAACAAAUGUCGCCAGUUCAGCAAUUAAUGUACAACAAAAUAUUGAAAGUCAAUUGGGUAUACGCAUUAUCGAUGCUGGAAUUGGAGCUGUUCGUGUAAGUAGAUAA